GAGAGCUCGGCGUCGCAAAGUUGGAAGUCGAGAUUUGUGAGCAAGGAAGAAGUAGCUGAUGGCACUGGGCCGAGGCUGGACAUCUGCCCCACGGCCGUCUUGCAGCUUUCUUGGCAUUUGUCUGAAGAGUGCGGGGAGGCCCAGUCGUGCCUCUUUCCCUUGGAGGCACCCUCUCUUCAGAACCGCCAGCAGCUUCUUGGGCCCGGAAGUACAGGCCUUCGUGGAAGAGAACACCGAAGUGACCAGCACUGGAAACCUCACCCCGGAAAUCCAGCUGCGGCUUUUGACACCUCGAUGCAGGUUCUGGUGGGAAAGAGGUGACUCGUGGCCCUACAGCGAUCCCUACUGGGCCAUCUACUGGCCGGGAGGCCAAGCUCUCAGCAGGUACCUGUUGGAUAAUCCUGACAUUGUCAGGGGAAGAUCUUUACUAGAUGUGGGGAGUGGAUGUGGAGCUACAGCCAUUGCUGCUAAAAUGAGUGGGGCUUCGAGGAUACUGGCCAACGACAUUGAUCCUAUUGCAGGCCUGGCUGCCUCUUUGAACUGCACCUUGAAUAACCUGGACCCGCUUCCCACGUUAACGCAGAACCUCUUGGACUCAGAACCGGCCUCGUGGGACGUCAUCGUCCUGGGAGACAUGUUUUAUGACACGCGCCUUGCAGACAGACUUCUCCAGUGGCUGAGGAAGUGCAUGAGGACUCCCGGGACCCAAGUGCUGAUCGGGGACCCUGGGAGACCCCAGUUCUGUGGGCACGGCGUUCGGAGCUGCUUGGAGGAGCUGAUAACGUACUCGCUUCCAGAGCCCACUCGGGAGGAGAACUAUGGCCUGACCACAAGCACGGUCUGGCUUCUCCAGCCCUGAACUCCCCACAUGCUUUCCAAAGGCACACGCACACACACGCGCUCACACACACUCACGCACAUGUGUACACACACGCACGCUCACACGCACACACGCACACGCAAGUGAAUGUUACUGCCAUAGAGACGCCUUUGCUGUGAUCCAUUGUGGUUUGAAAAGGAGGAAUUUUUUUUUCCUUUAAUAAUUUUUAUUUUUUAGAAAAGUUAACAUGGUUACAUGAUUCAUGCUCCUA